AUGUCUGAAACAAAAGAGAAAUGCACCAAAUCAAAGCAAAGAAUGACUGACCGAAUAACGCUUAAUGUCAGUGGAGCAGUGUUUGAAGUAAAGCUGGAAAUUCUACAACGAUUUCCGAAAACUCUUCUCGGUUGCCAUUACAAACGGACCCAGUACUACGAUCGUGUACGAAAUGAAUACUUCUUCGACCGCCACCGUCAAGCCUUUGAAGCAAUAUUAUUUUAUUAUCAAAGUAAUGGACGAUUGCUUUGCCCAGAGAAUGUUCCUGAUAAAGUAUUUGAUGAGGAGAUGGAAUUUUUCCAGAUACCAAAAGAGAAUGACAAAAAUAAUGCAGGUUCGAUCAAGUUUCAAGCUUUUAUGAUGAACCAGCAAAAUCCUUCAAGAUUAACGACGCCUUGGCAGCGAAAAUUAUGGGAAUUCUGUGAAACGCCUGAUGCUUCAAGAAUAUCUCGUUGGAUUGCGACAUUCUCUCAACUCGUGAUAUACAUGUCUGUGACUGCAUCGUGUUUGGAAACAAUCAAAUCUAUAAAUUCUGUACAUACCAGUGAUUUGGAGGGCAGCGCCYCCAUCGUCAACCACGUGUUUCCAAAUAAUUUUUGGUUUAAUUUCGAUAUCGCAUGUUUUGCUUGGUUUACGUUGGAAUGCGCGAUUCGUUUCUUGGCAUURCCAAACAAACUUGAGUAUUUUUUAACUCUGGCAAACUGUAUUGAUGUUUUGACUGUUUUUAUUUUUUAUAGCUUUCUAAUAGUGAAAGUUACCUCUCCAAACGCUGCUAUGCCUCUGAGAGUCUUACGUUUUUUAACAAUGAUUCGUUUAUUUAAACUGUUCCGCUAUUCAAAGAGGAUGAAAAUAUUUGUCCUGACUCUUGCCAGUGGAAUACGAGAGCUCUGUAUGCUCAUGAUUUUUUGCAUUAUGAUUUUGGUUAUAAGUUCUAGUGCGGUGUUUUUCGCCGAAUAUGAUGUUGAAAAUACUCAGUUUAAAAGCAUUCCUGACGCUUUUUGGUGGUCUAUUAUAACUAUCACAACAAUAGGUUAUGGAGAUAAAGUUCCCGUUUCUACUAGCGGGAAGAUCAUAGCAAGUGCUUGUGCGGUAUUCGGGGCGCUCAUCAUAGCUCUACCAUUGUUUAGAUUCGCCGCUCAUUUCCGAAGAAAACUGGACUACCUUUCGAACAAGACGUAUAUCUCAUACAAACCAAAGACUGGCAAAAACGCUUACGACCAUUUCUAGGUCACUUWAAAAUGUUACUUUCCUCAAAAGGAAAAUAAAACCUUUAUUCUUUA